CCGCCCUCCCUCUGCUGUCACACUCCUGCCUCCCCGUGCUGCCGCCUCGCCUGGCUCACUCCUGAGCCCGCCCCUGCUGGCAUGUGGCGAGGCAAUGAGGAUCUAGUGGAGCCAGGCCUGAAAAGAAGCCGGGGAGUGCUGCCUCCAUGGAAGCACUCCUUUAGGAUGUUACAAAAAGCUGAUUGAGUAUUACAAGAAUGGAGACUUGUCCUUCAAAUAUGUGAAAACCUUUAAUAUGGAUGAAUAUGUAGGUCUCCCAAGGGAUCACCUGGAAAGUUAUCACUCCUUCAUGUGGAAUAACUUUUUCAAGCACAUUGACAUCUCUCCAGAAAACACCCAUAUUCUGGAUGGAAAUGCAGCUGACCUACAGGCAGAGUGUGAUGCUUUUGAGGGGAAAAUCAAAGGAGCUGGUGGAAUCAAACUCUUUGUUGGAGGUAUUGGCCCAGAUGGUCAUAUUGCCUUCAACGAGCCCGGCUCAAGUCUGGUGUCCAGAACUAGAGUGAAGACGUUGGCUAUGGACACCAUCUUGGCUAAUGCUAGAUUCUUUGAUGGCGACCUCUCCAAAGUCCCCACAAUGGCGCUCACAGUUGGAGUAGGCACAGUCAUGGAUGCUAGAGAGGUUAUGAUCCUAAUCACAGGAGCCCAUAAAGCAUUUGCUUUGUACAAAGCCAUUGAGGAAGGAGUAAACCACAUGUGGACAGUAUCUGCCUUUCAGCAGCAUCCCAGCACUGUCUUUGUGUGUGAUGAGGAUGCCACCCUAGAACUCAAAGUUAAAACAGUGAAAUACUUUAAAGGUUUAAUGCUUGUUCAUAACAAGCUUGUGGAACCCUUAUAUAGUAUGAAGGAAACAGGAGCAGAAAGAAGACAGUCUAAGAAGCCGUACAGUGACUAGUUUCUUGGGCUGGUGUGAUGCUAAGCAGGCUCUUCUCUUGGAAACCAGCAGAGGAGGAAUCCCUGCACAUUCUUCUUGUACUUGUUCAUAAAUCAGGGGAGAUGUGCUCAUUAUUGUCUCCAUCUUUUGAGAGAGAUGAAUGCUGAGUACAUUGGGUUUAAUAAACUAGAUGAGGAUGGGACCUUAUGUACUGUGUUCUAACAACCACAAAACUACUUUCGCGCUAGUGGUGAAGCCAAUUGAAAUGAGAUGUAUAAUCUAUAAAGCAAGUAAAUGAGAACAGGAAAUAGAUAUCCCUCAACUCAAAGGUGAGGAUAUGAAAGGAAAUAAAAUCAAAUGGGUAACUGUA